AUAAAUACAGCCCCCUCUGUUUGUGACAAACACUCAGUCUGUCGCUCCACUCCUCAUCACCACAACGACCACCAUGAUGAAGAUGAAGAUGAUGAUGAUGGUGAUGUUGUUGGUGGCAGCCUCUGCUGCUCCUCUUCCUCCUCUUCCAUCCAACCACUCCAGCCAUGACGACCAGGACUCAGGACGUCUUCACCUGUCGGACGACAGAGAGAGAAACUCCACCAGGUUUGAGUCUCUUCAUGACGUCAACACGACGAACGACGACGUCUCAGGAUCGAGUGACAUGUCGAGCAACUUUCCCUCCGUCUUCAGUUUUUCACCGGACACAAGGGACGCCUCUAUGGACAUCAGCAGCUUCGUCCAGCCGCGCUGCGUCCUCCCCACCUGUCUCACUGUGAACCUGGGCUCCUCCCUGCAGGGCGGUGACGAGAAGGCCGGCGGCGCCACAUCUGACCCGUUUGGCAUUGGAAAGAAAUGAAACGAAUCAUCAGUCCUGUUCAUCCUGUUUCAACUUCAAACUGUAACUGAGUUCAUCUUAAAGGUCAAAGGUUAAAGGUUAAGGGUUAAAGGAGAUAAAACACCACCAUUUUUAACAAGAGAAAAUCAAGAUUUUUACAGUGAAGUUUUGCUGUUUCUUUCUUCAAUGAUCAGAACAAACGUUCAACAUAAACACUCAGAGGAAGAACUACGACUCCCAAGAUGCAUCUAAACUGAAAACAUGAAGUUCAGUGUUAAAAUCUGGCUCAGGGUGAAUUCAGUUACCAUGACAAUGUGUAUUUUUCUCUAUGGCAACAGCAGCCAUCCCUCCAUCCCUCCAACCAUCCAUCUUUCCAUCCUUCCAUCCUUCCAUCCAUCCCUCUAUCCCUCUAUCCAUCCAUACUUCUAUUCACCCCUCCAUCCUCUAAUCCUUAAUCGUUAAUCUGUUGACAACUCAGUUACACUAAGUUAAACAGAGCGUGACUUUCUGUGGCUAGAAAUUCAAACUGUAAAGACUGUAUGUGGUCAGAGGUCAGAAGUCAAACUAAAGACUGAAAUAUCAGAGAAGGAACUAAUUAGUUUAUAUGAAGUUUAUAUGACAGCAGAAUGUGAAUGUUCAUUCUUGACUUGAUCCUUUCAGAAUAAAGGUCCAGAUCCUUUCAGAAUAAAGGUUUCCUCUGUGAUGAA